CCCGUGCAACUUGAACCACGAUCCUCUCUAUCUCUUCAGUUGUCGUUCGACACGCGUCGCGGUUCGUCUUCAAACCAUUUCCUUCGAAUUUUGCUAAUAAAGCAACGCGUAUGCUCCACUUGUCCUUUUAUCGAGUGCUAAUUCGUUUCACCUCGAAUUCAUUAUCGGGGCACAUUUAAUUGUCCAUUCUUUCGAAACUCGAUUCGUUCAUUUUCUCUUUCCUUUUUUUAAAUUUGCAGCCAUAGACUGGAUGUAUUUCUUCGAUAGUUUUAAUUAGACGUGUUUCCUUCCUUUAAUAUGCAAAUAUUAUUUGUGUAAUUUCGUUUUGUCUUUUGAAUGUGACAGUGUUAAUGGAUUGGUCAAGAAUUAUACUUAUGCGGGCCGUGAUAAGUGAAAUUAUACUAUGAAGUACUGUACCCGAUGCUAUUUAAGAUGUCUAAUGACACUGUGAACAUUUGACAAUAACAGGAUGAGUAUCGCGAAACUGAGAAUUAUUGGUAACCGAAAUUAGACAUGUGGAAUCGCAAAGUGUUCAUCAGGAUCAUCGAAGUGAUACUUUGUAUUGCCUGUGUGGUGGCACUUAGGGUGACUGAUGAUGAGAGUCGACGAGUGUUCCAUUACCUGAGAAGUCGCAGCAGAGAAUGGUCCCUCCUGAACAACGUCACAUGGGGUGCAAUAGGCGCCGCUCUUGCAACCGCUACUUGUGGUGGUUACAUAAUAAUCACGACGGGUCUUCUUAUUGCUGCUGCAACUGGAGAGUUUAAUGGGCGAAAAACGGAAAUAUUCUUCCUUGGACUUGGCGUGAUUCUCUUCGGCAUUGUCGGCGCUCUGUCUAUGGCGUCCAUCGAGAAUGUCCCUGAGAAUUUGAUAGACAAUGCUGCAGUUUUCGGAGCACUGUGCUUGCUGACAGCGUUGGUUUUCAUCGCUGAUUUGCUGAUGAGCACGCCGAAGAAGAAGGAGAAGCACGAUAUGAGGGAACUCUUGCCUGAUAAACGGGCCAAACGACAAAUAACGACUACUCUAAGCACCGAAAAAGAAUCAAAAUCCCCAAAUAUAAGCACACCUGUGGUGACCAAGAAAGAUGACAGUGGUAACGUAAACGAUGGUUUCGAAAAAGUAGGAGAACGACGUCAAAAGAGUUCAGCGCAAGAACAAUCAGAGGAUCCUCGAAAAUGGGAACAGGGUCGCUCUAAUCAGAAAGAUGCAUACAGCGACGAAGAAAACGAGAAUUUCAACCACAUUGACAGAGAACCGAAAGAGUACGCGCAGAAUUUCGAAAAUGGGAGGGCUCUCAGGGACUCGCAAAUGUAUCGAGACUCUGAGAUGCAAAAGGCUGCGAACAGGGACUCUUAUAAGAUGGAUCACAGAAUGGAGAUGCCUACCGUGAUGUACAAAGUUCAGGACAUUUAUCAGCGUCCAAUAGAUGAAAUCGAUACACCUCGAUUCCCGGUUGAAAUGAAUCGCAAGAACGAGACUAUAUUCGCAAAAAUUAUGAACCCUGGUGUAAAGAUUAUGAAGGUUGAGCGGGACGCGAAGGAAGCUUUCGAGGGUUACAGAUACUCUGACAUUAGUCAGUAUGACAACGUGCCAAUUAGGAUGAAGGGAACGUCGCCGAAAGUGCAUAAGAAGAACCGUGAUGUUUCUUUCAAUGUCCCACCUCCACCAAAGGGCUACGGGAAAGAAAUGGUGCAAAGAAAGGACGAAAUCGAGAUACUGGAAGAAUGUUUUACGUCCCUUCGAACAGCGAGCACAGGAACGCAGACACCCAAUAUACGAACACCUUCGUCACCCACCGAUCCUGGAUACGUCAGACACACUGCCAAUAAUUGGCCCCAGGAUACGAAACUGAAGACUCCUGGUUCGAGUCCGAAUCGCACGAGAAAUUAAUGUAUUACGAUGUAUUUUUGAUAAUUUCAUGUGUGCAAAUUGAGUCAUUAAUUACACUGUUUAGUAGAUUUUAAAGUUUUCUCAAAACUGUAAUAUCCAUCGGGUAACUCUUGUGAAGGUUACAUCCCUGAAUACGAAAUCGUAAACGAAAUUGAUCUAUCACGCUUAAUUUUUGAAAAAUAGGAGUUUUUUUUUAAAUCCUGGAAC